UUUCGCAUCGGUGCAGUGGUCUUCACGGGCACGUUUCGGUACUUGCCUGCAUGUCCACCCGGUCGGACGGUAAAUAGCGAACAAGGCAGGUCGGUACUGGGCCACUGGUGUGAAGAGAUAAGAUACGUCGGACGACUUGACAAUUUUCAGCUUCAGGAAUGGCCUCUCUUUUUCGAGACACAUUUCAGGCUGGCCCCCAUCUUUCUCUGUACGAAGCGAAGAGCAGCUUGAAAGGCGCCGACUCCAAGACUCGGUGGCACAUCGAUGGGCCCAAGAGAUGUACUAAACUAGUAUGGGACAGUUCUCUGGGCAGUCCAGUAUUGCAGCUUGGUGCCAAAGCCUGCAAGGCACAGAUGACACUAACUCAUUCAAAUGGCUGUAAGUCACUACAAUUAUGCUCUACAUUGCAGAUUUAUGACCAGGGACUGUGCACAUGUCAUGUAUUAUACCGGUCUACUGUAAAACUUUCUCGGAUAAGACAAAUCCCUGGGGACUGGAGAAAAUUGUUCGUGGUAUCCGAAAUUCAAAUGGGCAAUGUUCUUUUUAGCGAUGCGGUGACUCGUACUAUGCUGUGUGUUAUUACUGUAGUGUAUGUGCUGAUGAUACACUCAUGGAUAUUUCUUACGUCAUCAUUGUCGUAUUGACGUCACACCAUGCGCAGAUCAUUUUAGUAUGUCUGCCUUUUUGUAUUGACACACGUGUCUCCUUGUUCUUGUUCCGUUGACAUAAUUUACUUGCAAUUGUAGUUGGUCUUCUUCUAGUCUCCAUGUAAUCGAUCAUAGAAUAAACCGAACCCCGUCUCUAGCUGAGACACUACAAUUGGCGACGAAGAUGGCCGUGGUCAUAGGAGCCAUCGAGCCGUUUGCUGCAGGUACGACGGAUUGGUCUACCUAUUAUGAUCGCGUGGAACAAUAUUUUGAGGCAAACAGCGUUGCGGAAAACAAACAAGUAGCAACUUUCCUGACGCUGAUCGGAGGAACGACAUACAAGCUGUUGGCUGACCUGGUCAGCCCAAACAAACCAAAAGACAAGAUGCUCAAGGAUUUGUCAGACGCCCUGGCCGAACAUUUCGCGCCCAAGCCUCUCGUGAUCGCGGAACGAUACCGUUUCCACAAAAGAGAGCAAUGCCAGGGAGAGUCUGUGCACGCUUACCUUGCAGAGUUGCGACGGUUGGCCAGAUACUGUGAGUUUGGCGAUGUCUUGGACACUACGUUGCGUGAUCGUUUCGUGUGCGGAAUACGGAGCCAAGCUCUUUGUAAAGUACUGCUGGCGGAAAAUCUCACCCUGAAAACUGCGAUAGAGAAGGCCAGUAGUCUGGAAGUGGCAACGCGCGAUGCCUCGGAGCUCGCAGGAAGUGUACCCGCUGCUGGGGUACAUGUUGUGGAAAGGCCACAACAUCGCCGUGCAUCUGCUGGCAAGCAAAGUCAAAGUCAAUCCAGUGUGCACCAAUCGUCCUGUUUCCGCUGCGGAUCAGAAGCACACCACCCAAGUGAGUGCCCAUACAAGUCCUAUGAGUGUCGACACUGCAGGAAAACGGGUCACCUUCGUAAGGUUUGUAAACAGCGUUUCGCAGGAAAGUCGAAGUAUGCAGCGAAAGGAAGUCCGAGUGGCCACGGUGCGUGCCAUAACUUACCUGUCUCAGAUGAUGAUGAUUUCGACUUUGAUGAUGACUUCGACACGCUUGCAAUUUUGACGGCCGAUGUCUUGCAAGCACCAGCAGCAGUUGAGGAUAAGUCACCGACAUCCAAUGUACGGAAAGCCCUGUGGAUCGAUGCAACUGUCAAUGGCCAGUCCAUACGCAUGCAGAUUGACACAGGAGCUGCAGUGUCUAUUAUCCCCACUCACAUCUAUAAGAAGUUGCUGUCCAGUACCUCGCCACUUACCCAGAGCAAGUUGAAGUUGCGAACAUACACUGGAGAACCUGUACGGCCUCGCGGAACGUUUGCGGCGCUCGAGGAGUACAACCACCAGUCGGCAGAGUUGCCGAUUCAUGUAGUGGACACAUCGGGUCCUCCGCUAUGUGGCCGAGAUCUGCUGGCCCAUAUUGCUCUUGACUAGCAUCGUUUGUUCCAGGUCGAGACCGAGGAGCCCCCCAGUGUAACUGCGUCCUCUAGCUCGCUGCCCACCGGACCAGCCGGUAAGCGCCUAGAGCAGCUGAAGGAGAAAUUCUCGGACGUUUUCAGUGACGACUUUGGCAAGCUGAAGGACGCCAAGGCUCGCCUACAGCUCAAAGAUGGUGCACGUCCACGGUUCCUCAAGGCUCGCCCCUGCCCUACGCCAUGCGGCCUAAGGUGGAAGCCGAACUGGACAGGUUAGAGAACCUUGGUAUUGUUAGCAAGGUCCAGUGGAGCGAGUGGGCACCCCCAAUUGUGCCAGUUAUCAAGCCCAAUGGCUCAGUGCGUCUCUGUGGCGAUUUCAAGGCCACAUUGAACCCGCAACUGAAGGUGGAUCAACACCCUCUUCCACGUGUAGAAGAUGUGUUCGCUACUCUGGCUGGAGGACAACGCUUCACCAAGAUCGAUCUGAAACAAGCGUACCUCCAGAUGGGAAUGAAGGAGGAAUCAAAGCCACUUCUCACACUGACAACGCACAAGGGCUUGUCGGGGAAUCUCAAGCACGCACACAGAGUGCACUCGACACAACGAACACCUACUCAGUUCAUAUGGUUUACAAAGUUGAAUGCAUGAUAGGAUUAAAGUAACGGGAAGAGAAAUAGAAAGUCGAAGCUGUCUUCAUGCCAUUGCAAUAAUAAUUACAACCACUGAACACCGCGUGGUUGACAGCUCUAUCUGCUCAGGGGGUGCAUGCAUGCGUGCACAGCACACCCACACGUAAUGAGUCUGAAGCACAUGCCAGUACGUAAUAUUAGGACGUGACGUGGCAACGUGAUACUAGUACAUGCCCCCUACACAAUUGUCACUAAAAAUGAGGAGAAGAAGAUAAAAAACGACUUUAAAAAACAGUACCAAUUAUCGCAGAAUAGGAGCCAAUAAAUUGAGAAAACAAAACAAAAGAACCAAAUUUAUGACACACACUAUUAAACGUCAAUCGUCAGAGACGGCCAAAACACGAAUUAGAGUCACGAGUCGGACCCAAACUCGGACAAAGCAGAGAACAUAGUGGUCUCAAGAGCCAUACCUACUGGGCUCACGGAGCAGGGCUCUGUCGCGGAGAAGACGACCACCAGCGGUGUCAUCAGGUACACCAGCCAAAGGCACAUGGUCCAACGGCUCGUCAUCGAUAAUACUAGCUACAUCUAGUGGCUCAGGGAUACGACUGGAAUGACUUCCAGCAGGCUUCAGCAGCUCUGUGUUGACGAGUUUUUCUGCUGUGCCACGGCCAAUCACGACAGUUGAGGGACCAACGACUCGCUUGACGAUCCAACCUUCUUCGAAUUCGGGGAGUCGUUUCUGGUGCCGGUGUGGACGGCGGAAGAGAACAGACUCUCCAGCCGAGAACGCUUGAGUUGGCUCCUCGACAAAAUCGCAGGACGACAACUCUGAUUCCAGGAGAUCGUACAUGGCUGAGGCGCGACGCUGUAUUUCCUCCGUCCAGCGGGGAAACGACCAAUCUGUUGGGGUAGCAUCCACCACGAGACUGCGGGGCUGCCAGCCAAUCAUUGCUUGCAUAGGUGAGACACCGGUGACACUGUGGGGCCUGUUGCGGUAGAAGUACAGGAGCAUAGCUAGGUCGACCUGCCAAUCACUGGACUCGUCGAGGACCUUCCGCACCAAGGUCAACAGCGUUUGGUUGAACCGUUCUGCGGCACCUUGCGAUUGGGGGUGGCGAACUGCGCCAUAACACACGUUGACCCCAAAUACCUUGUAGAGGGAUGACAUCAGGGCAUUGUGAAGCUCGGUGCCGUUGUCGGAGCGGAUAACAUGGGGAGGACCCCACCGAGUGCACACACUAACAAAUGCAUCGGCGACAGACUCAGCAUCAUGGCGAACAAGUGGGACGACCUCCACCCACUUGGUGAAGGUGUCAAUGCAGACAAGAACGCAGUGAUAUCGGCCAGACUUGUUGGUACCAAGCUCGAGCGUGUCAAUUUGCACAACAUGCCAGGGACCAUCGGGAGUUACAGGUCGCGUUGGUUGCGGUAGACAAGGUUGAGCAGGAUUUGCCGCACGGCAGGUAGUGCACUCUGACACGUAGUCACGGCAGCGCUGUGCCAUACCAGGGAAAUAGCAUUGGCUACGGAGUAGACGCCACAUACUUUCCCAACCAGCGUGACCACUCACAGUAUAGGCGACUGCAAGUGCAUCGGCAGUAAGACUCUGAGGAAGGGCAGGCACAAGCUCAACAUCGUUGAGAGGCGAUUUCACGCUGCGAAACAGCACGUCAUCCUCAAUCACCAGCUGGGUUCGGACUCUGCUGUAGCUGGAGUUGGGAAUCGGUUCACCGGAGAGAAGCUGGGCCUUAACGGACGAGAUCUCCUCGUCAGCAACUUGGGCAGUGGCGAUGUCACCCAUAGCAAGAGGUGGGAGAGCACGAACGGUAACACCGGCUGCUGCAACAUCAGGCUGUGGCUUCUUAGGACUGUCCGGCACACGGAACCAGGUAGGGACACGGGUUAGCUGAUCCGAAAUAUUGUCCUCUGAGCGGACCCAUUCAACGUCAACUGUAAUGCCAGAUACAGUGAUCAAAUCGUCGAUGAUCUGCAAACGACGCUGAACCAACGUAGCGUGAAGGCCACUCACUUUAACACGACGAAUGUUGUUCAGCAACUGCGUCAACCAGCCAUGGACUGUACGCGAAUCAGUGUACAAGACCACGUUCUUCACUGGCCAACACAGAGCGAGGUUGAGCGACUUGAUGACGGCGUCUAACUCUGCUAUGUUGAUAUGACGCUUAUCAUCGGAAGGUCUGAGCCAGGACUUGUCUUCGACGAUAUCGCCGUUGACUUCCAGAACCGCACCCAUGGCCAGGCCAGAAGCAUCGCACCAAACGUGCCACACUGUGGUGUCAUCACAGGGCACAGACCAGA